GGCGGACUCGAAGUGGCGGCGGUGCGGGGGGCGGUUGUGGGGCGCGAUGGUGGUGGGCGGCUCUUCCCAGGAGAAGGAGAACCGCUCCCCGGGGCCGAACGUCACCGUGAAGCUCUUCCCUUACGGCCGUGUCCCGGUGCGGGCCCGUUCCCGCCGGGCGGAACAUGGAGACGGCCCGAGCGCGGCCUGCACAGCUCCGUCCCGCGGGCAGCCCCGUGACACAGAGGUGGAGCAGCCCCCGCCCCCAGCGCUGGAUGCAGAGACCACCGUCACCCCCUCACCUGUUGCCACCCCUGUGGUGGGGACUGUGGGGCGCGGGCCCUGCUUGGCCCGCAGGGUGCCCGCCCGUGCCCCCCCCUCUGCCAAAGGACCCUCCCCUCUGAGUACAGCAGGGACCCAAACCGCACUGCCUGGUCCCCUCCGUACCCAGGAGAGUGCAUCCAUGGGGCUGAGGGUCCCCAAGAAGAAGAGCGGCACCCCAGGCUCCUCCAGCACUGGCUUGACUCUCCGUGUCUCUGUCACCAAGAACAUGCGUUCUGCCCCCAACACUCAGUGCUCCCUCCGCACGCCGUGCUUCAUCCCUUGCAGCUCCCAGCCACGUGCCCUGAAGGUGGGGGACAGCUUGAGCACUGGGGAGGGGUCCCAACCUGUCCCCCCAGCCCGUGCUGAUGGCGUUGUCCCCUCGGAGACCCCCCUGCGCUGGCGACCGACUGUGACCCCCCAGCCUGACCCCAGUGCAGACACUGCUGAUGACAACGAGCUGUCCCCAUCCUGGGACAAGGUGGUGGUGCAGCUCUUCAAGGGGAACGAAGGCCAGCAGGACUCUGAGGUGACGAUGGCACUUCCCAGCAGCACCCCAAGCCCCAGCAAGGCACAGCGUGCAGCCCUACUCCUGCAGCAGUUGCUGCAGAUGGUGAAGGACCGACCAGAUGCCGUAGCGGUGCUGAUGGAGCUGUGGGGCCUCACGGCUGAGUGGGGGGUGGACCCCAUACCCCAGGACCUCCUGGACACCCACAGCCUCUCCUCAUAACUGUGACCUAUGUGGGGACUGAGCUGCAUCUCUGUGAACAAAGGGAGUGGGUGAGGGCACAGGCAGACCUUCCUGCUGGUGGCCAGGUGGCUGUUGGGGGGCACAGAUGGACCCCUGCAGCAGGCAGACCCCUCUCCAUGCAGGGCAGUAUGCGUCCCUGGUCCUCCAGUGGGCGUUCUGGGCACAAUAGGUGAGGGACGGGGGGAUGCGACACCGAAAAGAAGUGUGAAUAAAGUAUUUUUCUGCUUCA